AUGCCAUUUAAAUCCAUUUUCCGAGAUCUUAAGGGGAAAAAUGGUACGGAUAGCAAGCUAAAGCGAUCAGUCAACAACCACAAGUGUGAAUUAGACCACCGAGAUUUGCAUUUUAAUGCGGAUGGAUCAUCAUCUUCUUCAUAUCCCAUGGGAAAACAAAGCCCGUGGGCCAACUUGCCUUCUGAGCUGCUUCUUGAUAUUAUCGGUAGAGUAGAGGCCAGUGAGACUGCAUGGCCGGCUCGUACGGCUGUGGUUUCUUGUGCUGCGGUUUGCCAAUCUUGGAGAGAGAUUACUAAAGAAAUUGUUAAGACUCCUGAAGAAUGUGGUCUAUUCACAUUUCCCAUAUCGCUUAAGCUGCCGGGGCCAAGAGAUUCUCCUAUUCAGUGCUUUAUCAGAAGGGAUAGGGUAACAUCUACAUAUCGGUUGUACCUUGGCCUGAGCCCAGCUCUUUCAGGGGAUGUGAGUAAAUUGCUAUUGGCUGCAAAAAGGGUCAAGAAAGCCACUAAAACAGACCUUUUGAUAUCUUUUGCUGGAAAUGAUUUUUCUCAGACUGGCGAUAAUUAUGCUGGGAAAUUGAGGUCCAAUUUUUUCGGAUCCAAGUUUUUUGUUCACGACUGCCGGCCUCUAAGCAAUCCUGCAACUAUCCAAUCUCAUGGUUGGACAUGGAAAAGGAUUUCUUCCAAGAAAGUGGCUCCAAGACUGCCCAUUUGCAACUAUAACGUGGCCACCAUAACUUAUGAUCUCAAUGUCCUCCGAACAAGAGGGCCAAGAAGAAUGCGUUGCACUAUGCAUUCGAUUCCUUUCUCGGCAAUUCAAGAAGGUGGAGUCGUUCCUACUCCCACAUCAUUUAAUAAUGGCCUUGAUGGAUCCUUCUGCUCCGUAGCAACUCCCAAUGAACGAAAACAAAAUUCUCGUUCGAGUUCGGUUUUUCGAGCCAACACAGAUGAAUCUACUGGAAAUGCUAGCGAACCACUUAUAUUGAGAAACAAAACUCCAAGAUGGCACGAGCAGCUCCAGUGUUGGUGUUUGAACUUCAGAGGACGUGUUACGGUGGCGUCCGUGAAGAACUUUCAGCUCGUGGCAGCUGUGGACCUGUCUCAGAAUAUUCCAGCUUCGGAACAAGAUAAAGUGAUCUUGCAAUUUGGGAAGAUAGGAAAAGAUAUAUUUACUAUGGAUUACCGGUACCCUCUUUCUGCAUUUCAGGCGUUUGCUGUCUGUUUGAGCACCUUUGACACAAAGCCAGUCUGUGAGUAG